GAAAUGACCUUUGGCUCUUAGAAGCAAGACGCCAUUUUUCAUGAUAAAAUGGCAGCAGUGAAAACCCCCAGCCGAGAACUAAAGAAUGCAGAAGAACACUUUAAUAACAUAUCACCUGUCCUUUUGAAGAGCCUAGUGGAGGAGCCCAAGAAAAGAGCAGAAGUGCCUAAUCACCUCCUGGAGUCAAAGGUUUAUGCCAAGCUUCUGAAUAAUAAGGUCAUCCAAGCAAGGCCUGGCAUAGUACAUUUUGGAGGCUAUCAAGUAGAAAAACAGCACCGACAGAUUCUGCACCUGGUCAACAUCUCUGAUGAAGACACAAGCGUUCAUAUUUUACCUCCACAGACCAGAUACUUUCAGAUCAGCUAUGAGAAAAAGGAGUACCGCCUCGUCCCUGGCUUGUCCCUCAUAGUCACCAUAACAUUUUCUCCAGAUGAGUGGCGAUACUAUUAUGACUGCAUCCGUGUUCACUGUAAGGGAGAUGACGCCUUGCUUGUUCCUAUCCAUGCCUAUCCUGUCAUGAACACCCUGGUCUUCCCCACAUUUAUAAAUUUAUCCAAUGUUCUCCUUGGUGAGAGCAAAACCUACGUGGUUCCCUUGCAGUGCAGCUGUCCUGUGGACUUCGAGUUCCAUGUCAUGUUGGUUCAGUCCCAUCAAGCCUUUGCUGUUGAGCCGAUGUCAGGAAUAAUUCCAGCUAAUGGGAAGAUGAAUGUGACCAUCAAGUUUACACCCUUCCAGUAUGGGACAGCACAAAUGAGAAUGCAGUUAUGGAUCUCACAGUUCAACUCUCAGCCGUACGAGUGCACCUUCACUGGAACGUGCUACCCCAACAUGGCCUUACCAUUAGAAGAAUUUAAAAGAUUAAAUACUCUUUCUAAGAAAAUAAACGUUCCUCGAGAAAAAACAAUGCUAUCCAUAAAUUUUCACCAACUACCAACAAAGACAAAACCUCCAAAGAUGAAGGAAAUUGAGUACCAGAACCUGAGAUUCCCAGCAGAUCUAUCUAAUCCAUUUGCUGUGGCAACUGUGUUAAACCAAGAACCAGGAAUGAAGAUUAAAGAAUUAAGAGAAGUGUUGGACCAAGGCACUGAGAUUUCAAGAACAAGACAGAUGAAGGAGGCUCUGUUCGAACAGAAAGUCAGACAGGAUGUUCAGAAAGAGACAGAAAAUCAUCUUAAGUGGCAGGUGCACCUUGGUAAAGAUCAUAUGUCUUUUAAGUUUAGAAAGGAGCUUGCUGAAGACUGGCAAAGAAUGUGCAACAAAUACAAGCUAGAUAAAAGAGAUCCUAUUUUGGAUGAGGAAUUUCACCGAAUCAAGACAGAAGUUGGCCAUGAACGGGUCAUUCGAGACCUGGAGGAGAAAAUCCAGGAAUUUCAUCCUAAUUUUGAUCCACUCAUUAAUAAUAUUUGGAUCAACAGAUUCAGGGCCCAAAGACGGUUCCAACAAGCAGCACGCAGGAUCAUGCGUGAGCGACGGCUGCUGAAUAUGCUGGGGGCUGUUCGUGAAAUGGACAAAGAAGGCAUAAUGAAAAAGCUCGAUCAAGCGAAACAGCUGUUCAUUCGAGAGAAGAAAACCUCCAUAUACCUUCAGCCACAAGUCAGUCAGGAAGAUUGUGAAUGUCACUUCUCAGUCCAGUCCAAAGAAGUGCUGCCCUUCGUUCCAUCCUACACCCCUCCUCAGGACUCCAACGAGCUGGCUCCUGACGGUCUUGGACUGGUUCCAAUUAAGUCUUCAGAAGUUCAAAUCAAGCAGAGUUAUUCCUUCUUCAAUUUGCAGGUCCCUCAACUGUACAAAAUGAAGGGAUAUCAACCAUUCUCCACCCAGAAGGCUUCAGUCAGUUACAGACCCCAAAAGCUUGCUCGAUCCCUGAAGCAAGGAGCUGAGGAUGAAGUCACCACCAUCAUAGCCCUUCCAAACAAGGACUCCACAGAGCUCUCUGGCAAGUCCUCCAUCCUGAGCAUGAAGCCACCCGAGGGCUUAGCCAUGGGUGUAGAAUAUAACCCACUUUAUAUUUUCAAUCCCAACCCAGGAUUGUUUGCCGUGAAGCACCCUCUGACCUACGCAGAAACGUUGAUAGACUACCAUCUGUGCUCUCAUCCCAAGUACAAGUUCACACACGAAUCCCACGAAAAGUCCAGCAUUCCUCUCACCCAAAAGCAGUUUCUCCAUCACACGGACAUUAUUCCUGGAAUCAUGCUCUGGAAGCAGUUCCAGCCCCUGGUCUUGUCCUCCCUGCCGGACCCCUCAAAGGUGGAAAUCACUCAGAGCUGUGCCUACAACUCAGUUCUGCUUCCUGUAGAUGUCCCUGAGCUCCUGGAUGCCUUACCAGAAGAAGACAGACUGGAAACUAUGGAACGUGAGCUCUGUGAACACAAUAUAGAAGUUGUACUGACUCCAGAAAUGAUACAAGUGGAGUUCCCUGUGUUGGACCAAAAGGACGCCGAGAAGGAGAAAGAAGUGAAAGACCAGGCCCACGCAGCAGAAAAGGCGGGGGAAAAGGUGCAGGAGGAGAUGAAGAACCUGCAGAGCAGAGCUCUCAGUGCGUACCUGAUUCUAGAAUAG